CUCGGCUCUGAGGGCAAUGUGAGCCCAUCUCUCUGCAAACCAAAAUACGAGGUUGUGAAUAAAACUAUGUAGCAUUUUCUGUGCAAAGAAGAGGAAAAUAAACAGGAAAAGCAGGUGUUGCAUGUUUUUUUUUUAAAUGGGAAAUCUGUUGGGCAGCUGGCGUUUCAAGGAGCCGAGCACCGUUGAGGAAUGCGACUCGACGUGGGGGUCGGACUCGGAGAGCGACGAGCCGGCGGGUGAAGAUGACAGCGGCAUCUCCGACUCCAUCAGUCCGGCGGAGAGCGACCGGGCCGCGGGAGACGCGUCCCCGCAGCUGACUGAAUCCCCACAGUCUGCUCCAAGGAUGAAGAGGAGUUUCUACGCUGCCAGGGACCUCUACAAGUACCGUCAUAGCUACCCGAACUACAGGAAGUCCCGGCAACCCAACGAGUACCGUAACCUGCGCUUCUACCUGAACAAGAUCCCUCUGGUACCUGAUGGUAUCUACAUAGAGGAGAUUCUGACUAAGUGGAGAGGCGACUAUGACAAACUGGAGCACAAUCACACCUACAUUCAGUGGCUAUUCCCAUUAAGAGAACAAGGGCUCAACUUCUACGCACAUGAACUGACUCAGGAGGAGAUCAAAGAAUUCCAAAGCACUCGGGAAGCUAAGCGGAGAUUCCUGGCGGCCUAUUCCCUGAUGUUGGACUUCUACGGCAUCAAACUGCUGGAUAAGAGUGGGAAUGUCGCUCGGGCUCCCAACUGCCAGGAGCGCUUCCAGCACCUUAAUGAGUCCCAGCACAACUACCUGCGGAUCACGCGCAUCCUGAAGUCCCUGGGUGAGCUCGGCUACGAGGCCUUCAAAGCCCCGCUGGUCCGUCUGUUCCUGGAGGAGGCGCUGUGCCGCAACACCCUUCCCAACAUGCAACACAGCGCGCUUGAGUACUACGUCUACACCAUCCGCCUGCCAGCCACCCGCAGACGCCUGCUCCGCUACGCCCGCCAGCACUACAGGCCCGCCCACGCCUUCCUCUGGGGUCCGCCGCCUAAGAGGCGAGGGGGUGGCGUCAGUGGAAGCGUAGGUGCUGGAAGUAGUGGGAUCAGGGCGCCUGCUCCAACGCCAGAGCAACAGAGGAGGGAGGAGGAGAGCACCACCGCCCCCUCUGCCAGUAGUGGGAUUAUUGUGUCUUCUCAUGAUGCCAUAAUGUGCCAGGAGCUGGCUGGAGGAGGGCUGAAGGGCUGCGCAGGACUCGGCUCCAAUAUGGCCGGACUGGAGGGGGCGUUACUGAUGGUGGCAGCUAGAGCAGAGAGGAACGAGUAUAACGACAUGGUUCCUCUGUAGGGAAUGGGGUUCGAUUGUUAGGCAGAAAACAAAAUGAACCGGUUCCAUUGUAAAGAAAUGAUUGAUUAUGCCUGAACUUCAUUGUUAGACUCACAAAGCUUUUAUUGACAGUAAUCGUAGAACACAUUCGUAGAAUCUGAUCGUCAGAAUCAGUUCAGGUUAAGGGCUUACCAUACUACUUACAGAACUAGCAUGUUAUUUCUUUGCUGAUCAGUAUUGAAUUUGGGGCAGGACUGGUCACAUCUUGAGCCAAGAUAAACAAACUCACCUCGGACCAAAUCCCAAAACCAUCUAAAACUAAUAGAGACCCAGACGUGUGUUGCAAGGCUUUUCCUCAUCUGGGCUACGAAACAACUUAGAUCGCCUUAUUUAAUGAUGUGAACUGUCGGGGAGGUGCUCACCUUUUAGAGCCAAAAGAUGUCUGCUGACGGGUGCAUUGGUCUCGCGAUGGUUUUGGGAAACAAAGUCCUUCCUACUGGAGCUCCGCUGAGCAACAAGCUGAGUGAAACUUACAAUGUGAAGAGGAGGUCAGGGAGUUGUCUUUUUCUAAAGAACAGAACAGAAGAAAGGGUGGCUAAUUUAUCAUAGCAAUACUUUGAAACCACAUUUUUUGAAGUCUUUACUUUGUUGUUAAUAAUAGAAGGCACAAUAUUGAUCUGCUCUGUGAGAGGUAGCUGCUCCCCCUGAAAAUUGUAUAUUUGUAUUAAUUAAUUGUACUAUUGAGCAAAGAAACAGGACUUGUCAGUGACUUGAUAUCUGUAAGAACCAGAGAGGCUUUUCAGUGACGUUGCUACACUCCUGUCAACAGUGAGUACAGAGUGUGGUGUCACCCAGAAGGCCUCUCUGUUCUUACAUUAGCAGGGGAUUGGAUGCGACUGGAGUUAAUGUGGUGAUCAAACAGGUAACAUGUGGUGUGUUGCACUUUUUUGACAAUCUGUGUCUUCCUGUUGAGUGCGCUGUUGGUUUUUCCAAAUCGUGAUCUAAAUGUGUAAUCUACAAAUGGUCAGGAACUCGCCGCCUCAUUAAUUGAUUGUUCUCAUAUCGUCUAGCCUUGCAAUAGUUUGUUUUCAACCAGGCUACACAUAGAAGGAGGUGAUACUGUUAAUGCUUUCUGAAUAUAACCGUUAAAAGCUUCUAGGGCAGAGUUUGUAGAAGUGCAGCUGGUAGUGUUUAUAACAUAAUAUUAUAAAUAUUCUAAAAUAUUUUUUUCCUGUAGAACUGUACUAUGUACCAGGCACAUCCUGGAAAUAAUAAUGAACAAUAACAAGGACACUUGCAGGUUUACCAGACGCAAAGCGGGACAGAAAACGCUCCUUUUUCCAUUUCCUGUCCCAUGUCAGUUAAGAGCUGUUCACACCUGCAGGAAACUUUUGGCUUGAAGUCUAUUUUGGAAAUGCUGCAGAAGGUAACAUUUACAUCUUCUUUUAAAAGGCUUAUUAUUAGGUGAGAAGAUUUUUCUGUAAAUUAAACUGAAAUCUACUUGGUUUGAACUGUUAUUUAUGGGCUCUGGUCAACUGCAGCUAAUCGACUGCGGUGAGAACAACCAAGCACGCCGUGAACCCGAGCUAACGUGGACUGUCCCAUAAACGCUGACCAGUUUUAUGAGCAAAGAAAAGCCCUGGGAAAUGAUUUCUUAAAAGUACUGGGAACCCUGUGUAAUGAGGGUGCAUGAGUCCUUUAAUUAGCAUGUAUAACGAUAACAGUAAUUUAACUCUGCUAACACCCAGACUAAUUAUUUCUUUUAGGGUUAGCAGCUGCUCAAGAGAGUGAAACAGGUUUUACACUCACCUUCCGAAAUGUUAAGAAACAGCAUAUCAUCACCUUCAUCCUGUCACAAGUUGACAGCAACACCUUGCUUGUGUUUAUUUUUUAUUUAUUAUUAACAGAUGGAUAUUGAGCCGGUAAGCAGUUGGCAGACGAGUUAAGGUUGAAUUCUAGGCAUCGUUUCAAACAGACCUUUGAGUUCCUGGUUGCAAUAUCUUUGAAAUUAAAAGCCAUGUGAGGUGUUAAGAGAGCAUACAAUGCGGUCAGCUGCUUUUCCUGUUUAUCAUCAGCUGACGAUGUCUCUACGUUGCUCCCCAGCCAAGUGUAUCUGAAAUAAUUGUAAAAAAACAACAACUUUUCAGGUGAAUUCUGUGAUAACAUGGGCUCAAGUAUCUGAUUUUUUUAGUAUGUGUACAUAGUGUGUGUGCGUGUGUAUGUGAUAUUCUUAAGUGCCUUUUUUGUAUUUUUUAUGUUUAUCUGUAUGCUGUAAGAAGCGUCUUUCCCAUCUUAUUUCCUGUACAUCCUGUUUUUUGUACAGCUUUUUGAUAUUUACAUUGUUUGCAUUAUAGUCAUAUACAGUAUUAAUGUACAGUAACAGCAGGAAUACUAAGAAUUGAUAUAGAUGAGGUGAAUAAUAUAUAAUACUUGAAAUAGUUUGUAUCUGGCCUGUUGAUUAAAAUGUGAUUGUUCAUUAUUCACUAUGCUUGCUGGUGUUUUCCCAGUGUUCUUUGAGCAUAGAUGGACACAAUAACUGGACAUUUGCCCUAAAAUGUGAAAUUUGCCACACUUGACUCAAAUAAAAACGAGGA